GCCCCGGCCCUUAGCAACCGGCCUGGCGACGGUCUCCAGCAGCUGCGGCCCCGCGCGGGCUGCUGCGCGGCAAUCGUGUGCUGCGGGGCCCGGCCCGGCCCGGCCCGGGGAAGGACCGAAGGGGACCUGACGUGUCCCCACGGCGGCUGCAAGAGAAUCUAAGCAUGGAUGGCAGCCGGAGAGUCAGAGCAACCUCUGUCCUUCCCAGAUACGGUCCACCAUGCCUAUUUAAAGGACACUUGAGCACUAAAAGUAACGCUUUUUGCACUGACUCCUCCUCUCUCAGACUAAGUACUCUCCACCUGGUCAAGAAUCACAUGGCUGUUCACUAUAAUAAAAUCCUUUCAGCCAAAGCUGCGGUAGACUGCUCGGUUCCAUUAAGCGUGAGUGCCAGCAUCAAAUAUUUGUUUUCCCCAUCAGAUGCAGACCAACAACGAAGAGAGAAACUCAAAAAGGAAUUAGCACGAGGUGAAAGGGAUUUGAAAUUAAAUAAAACAGCAAUGCAGGCCAAUUCUAAAAAUAAUUCCAAGUCACUAUUUAACACUCUACAAAAGCCCUCAGGAGAACCACAAGAUGAAGAUGUGUUAAUUGGAGAAGUGAAUGGAUUUCCAUCCUUUACAAGGUCACCAAGGUCACCAGUAACUUCUUCAGAGAGACUACACCUAAAUCUACCUAAAUCUGAUAAAGUCCUCACAAAUGGUACCGAGAAGAACUCCAGUUCCUCCGUGUUCAACAUGGAUUACACUGCCUCUGGGCCCAGGAGAGCAUGCUCUGGAACUUCAUACGGCAAAGGGCCCAAGAGCACAUUCCCAAAUACCCAUCGGUUUCAGUUAGUUAUUUCAAAAGCACCCAGUGGGGACCUUUUGGAUAAACAUUCUGAACUCUUUUCCAACAGACAUUUGCCAUUCACUCCACGCACUUUAAAAACAGAAGCAAAGUCUUUCCUGUCACAUUAUCGAUACUAUACGCCUGCCAAAAGAAAAAAGGAUUUUACAGACCAGCGGAUAGAAGCUGAAACCCAGACUGAAUUAAGCAGCUUUAAAUCUGAUUUUGAGACAGUUGACACCAAGAACUUCACAGAUUCAGAAGAGAACACAAAGCAGGCAUCUAAUUGUAUGACAUAUGAUAUCAGAGGAAAAAUAGCUCCUUUACCCUUACAAGGGCAUGACUUACCGUGGGAUGAGAAUAAAGAUGGCACUCUUCAGCGUUCCUCACCAAGGGCAGUACGUCAGUAUUCCCUGCAGCUUCCUCCAGAGAGAAAACUCCACUCUGAUGAAGAAGAACUGUUAUAUCUGAGUUUCAUUGAAGAUGUAACAGAUGAAAUUUUGAAACUUGGUUUAUUUUCAAACAGGUUUUUAGAACACCUAUUUGAGCGACACAUAAAACAAAAUAAACAUCAUUUGGAAGAGGAAAAAAUGCGCCAUCUGCUGCAUGUCCUGAAGGUGGACUUAGGCUGCACAUCCAGAGAAAACUCAGUAAAGCUGGAUGAUACUGAUAUGCUGAAUUUACUUGAUUUUGAACAGGCUGAGAAUUCAGAAGAAAAUGAAGAUAAAAGUAAACAUGAUACCACAAUUCAGCAGGAACGUCAAGAAUACCAAAAAGCUUUGGAUAUGUUAUUGUCUGUACCAAAGGAUGAAAAUGAGAGACUGUCUUCACCAAAUGAAUUUUUCCUACCCAUCUAUAAAUCAAAGUACUCAGAAGGGGUUAUAAUUCAACAAGUGAAUGAUGAAACAAACCUUGGACCUUCAGUUUGGGAUGACAAAAAUCCGAGUGUCUCUGACAGCUUAACGGACCAAGAGACCUCUGUGAAUGUCAUUGAAGGGGAUAGUGACACUGAAAAGGCAGAGACUUCAAAUGAAUUAUGUUGUCUUAGCACAGAACUCUCCCCAGCUCUUCAGCUUCACAGUGUCCAAGAUGACAACAGUCAUGACAUGGCAGGACCGACUCUUAAAAUCAUGGAAAUGAGCAUUGAGGACUGACCUUUGGAUGUGUGAUCUUCAUUAAUAAAUAUCCCAAAUGGCCAGUAAUUCAAUAUUCCUUUUCCUUUGUUUUAUUCUUUCAUAUAUUAAGACUUCUGUAUUUGCUUUCUAUGCUCUAUAAUAAAGUACCUUAAAUUAGCAGCUUAAAACUACACACAUGUAUUAUUUAUCCCACAAUUUCUGUGUAUCAGGAGUCUGGGCAUAACUUAGAUGUGUCUGCUCUGGGUCUCAAGGCUACAAGCCAGUGUCAUUUGGGGCUACGGUCUCAUCUGGAGACUUGACUGGGGCAAGAAUCUGCUUCCAAACUCUUUGCAGGUUGUUGGCAGAAUUCCUUUCCCUGAGCUGUAGCUCUGAGGGCUUUUUUUUUGCAGGCCAUCGGCUGCCCUCAGCUUCUAGAGGCUGCCCACCAUUCCCUACCACUUGGUAAGCAGCCACAGCAUCGCUGCUUGCUUCUUGAAGGCUAGUGAGAUAUUACAUAAUGUAAUCACAGGAACGACUUUCCAUCACCUUUGCUACCUUUUUUUAGUUAGAGGCAAGUCACAGAUCCUGCCCACACUUAAGGAGUAGAGAUAUUAUACAAGGGUAUGAAUGCCAGAAGGUGAGAAUCACGGGGUCCCCCUACGAUCUGUUGGCCACGAUCUCUAAAGUUGCUUUUCAGGGGACAAUACUUUACCCAGACAUAAGUGAUUUUGUAUGCAAUGGGAAAUGGUUUAUGAUCUGGCAUGGAUCUUGAAACAUUAAGCCUUAUCUGUAGUAUCUUUAAUUUCUUCUGUCUCACUUUCCUGCAAUAUCUAAAGCUUCAAGGCCUUUCUAGUUAUCAGUGAGCUAGGCAGAGUGUCAGCUCCGAAAAAUUGUCCCUUCUUAAUGAGGGCAAACAUUCUAUCAACCCAGUUUGAUACUCUCUUGGCCUU